GGGCGACACGGGCCCAUGGAGCCGUUGCAGCCGCCGCCGCUCGUCGGCACCCGGAGCUGCACUGCUGUGGAGGGCGUGGAGCUGCGCGCGGGCCGGCGGGAGCGCUGUGUGCUGAGCCUCGCCCCGCGCCACGGCCGCCUCGAGUUAGUUAUCCAUUCACUGGAGAAGGAACCACCUGACCAGUGUAACAUUCCCAUCAAUGGUCACUUUAGAUGUGUGCAAGAGGCCGAAGAAACUCUUCUGAUUGAUAUAGCUACAAACACUGCCUGCAAGAUAAGGAUACAGGGUGAUAGGACAACGGAGCGUCUCUUUGAGAUCCCUGAUGAGGACAGCUGCUUGCGGUUCCUUUCAGAAGUGCAGAACAUACAGGAAGCCCAGUCCAAAGCUCCUUUUCUUGAAUCAAGGGACCCAGUCAGCAGGUAUCAGAUGGAACAAAACCUCCCAGGUCCUUCUCAGUCUUCUGCUUCAGGCAUUCUAGGCUUUGAGGAUAAUUUCAAUGCCCUAAGUCUGGAGAAUAAGAGAAACUUACAAAACCAGCAAAUGGGAUCUCGCCGGGAGCCCCCACCACCUCCUCUGCCACAAAGUAGUAGGCAGUUUCACCGAGAGAAAGAGAAUGUAGCCAGGGAACAGCCAAAAGUAACCAACACUAUGCGCAAACUAUUUGUGCCCAGCACACAGUCUGGGCAAAGAGAAGGGCUCAUCAAAUAUGUGCUUGCCAAGAGAGAGAGAGAGUUUGUCAACAUUCAAAACUUCAGAUUUUUUGUGGGAACGUGGAAUGUUAAUGGUCAGUCUCCAGACAGCAGCUUGGAACCCUGGUUAAUCUGUGACCAAGAUCCUCCAGACAUCUACUGUGUUGGGUUCCAGGAGCUGGAUCUCAGCACAGAGGCUUUUUUCUACCUUGACUCUGCAAAGGAGCAAGAGUGGCUGGCUGCUGUAGAGAAGGCUUUGCACCCCAAUGCUAAGUAUAAGAAAGUGCAGAUAGUACGCCUGGUUGGCAUGAUGCUUCUUGUAUUUGCCAGGAAGGAUCAACUAAGUUAUGUCAAAGAUGUCAUGGCAGAGACUGUGGGGACUGGAAUCAUGGGGAAGAUGGGUAACAAGGGUGGCGUGGCUGUAAGGUUUGUGUUCCACAACACUACGUUCUGCAUUGUCAAUUCUCACCUGGCUGCUCACGUGGAGGACUUUGAGCGGCGGAAUCAGGAUUAUAAGGAUAUCUGUGCCCGGAUGAGUUUUUUACCUCCUGAUGAGGGCCUACCUCAGCUGAACAUCAUGAAACAUGAUGUUGUCAUCUGGCUGGGAGACUUGAAUUACAGACUGUGCCUUCUUGAUUCCACUGAGGUGAAAAGUCUGAUUACUAAGAAUGAGCUUCAGAAAUUGUUGACAUAUGACCAGUUGAAUAUUCAGCGUACUCAUAAGAAAGCUUUUGCUGAUUUCACAGAGGGAGAGAUUAAAUUCAUCCCCACGUACAAAUAUGACUCUAAGACAGACCGCUGGGAUUCCAGUGGGAAGUGUCGUGUGCCAGCCUGGUGUGAUCGAAUCCUCUGGAGAGGAGGCAACGUUCAUCAGCUCCGGUACCGCAGUCACAUGGACCUGAAAAGUAGUGACCACAAGCCAGUUAGCGCGCUCUUUCUGAUUGGGGUGAAGGUUGUGGAUGAGCGGAGAUACCGCCAGGUGUUUGAGGAUAUUGUUCGAAUGAUGGACAGAAUGGAAAAUGACUUCCUUCCUUCACUGGAGCUUAGUAGAAGAGAUUUUGUUUUUGAUCAUGUGAAGUUCCGGCAGCUUCAGAAGCAGAAGUUCCAGAUCACCAACAAUGGGCAGGUCCCCUGUCAUUUCUCCUUCAUCCCCAAACUCAAUGAUACCCAGUACUGUAAGCCAUGGCUUCGGGCUGAGCCCUGUGAAGGCUACCUGGACCCAAAUGAGACUCUGGACAUCUCCCUGGAUGUGUAUGUCAGUAAGGACUCUGUGACCCUCCUGAACUCAGGUGAGGAUAAAAUUGAGGAUAUUCUAGUCCUUCAUCUGGAUCGAGGCAAGGAUUACUUCCUCACCAUCAAUGGGAGCUACCUGCCCAGUUGCUUUGGCACCUCUCUGGAGGCUCUCUGUCGAAUGAGACGACCGAUCCGAGAAGUCCCAGUCACCAAACUCAUUGACCUGGGAGAAGACAGCUUCUUAGAAAAGGAGAAAUCACUUCUCCAGAUGAUCCCACAGGACAGCGAGGAUGCCAGUGAGAGACCCCUGCAGGUGCCUAAGGAGAUCUGGCUGCUGGUAGACCACCUCUUCAAGAAUGCUUGCCACCAGGAGGACCUGUUCCAGACUCCCGGUAUGCAGGAGGAGCUGCAGCAGAUCAUUGACUGCCUGGACACCAGUAUUCCUGAGACAAUCCCGGGGAGCAACCACUCUGUGGCUGAAGCGCUCCUCAUCUUCCUGGAGGCCCUACCAGAGCCCAUCAUUUGUUAUGAGCUGUAUCAGCGAUGCCUCGAGUGUUCACAUGACAGCCGGCUCUGCCGACAGGUGAUCUCACAGCUGCCCCGGUGCCACCGCAACGUCUUCCGGUACUUGAUGGCAUUCCUCCGAGAGCUCCUGAAGUAUUCAGAGGACAACAAUGUCAGUGCCAACAUGAUUGCCACCCUGUUCACCAGUCUCCUCCUACGGCCUCCACCCAACCUGAUGUUCAAACACACGCCGCAAGACCGCCAGCGUGCCAUCAGCUUCCUCCUCGGCUUUCUGCUUGGGGGGGAUGAGGAGUAACUUCCCUGUCUGUCUGAGGUGCCAAAGCGUGGGAGCCAUGCCAUAGGCAUUGAGGAAGCCAGCCUUCCUGGAGCCCUGAGGGCAGAAGGCUUGAAGCUACUCAAUACUGUGUUUACAGUCAUAAAGGAGGUGGCCUUUCCUUCACACUCCUGUACCAUGCUGCCGUACAGGCACACAUCACAACACUACCCAAGCCAGAACUCUGCUGCUCCCUUUACAGGUUAGGCAUUUGGGCUGGGGCCCAGCUCUCUGAGGGAUUUGCUGGCAAUUUUCCUGGUGCCCAAAUGCUAUGCCAAUGCAGUGGGUGUCUUGGCCUUGCUCUGUGGCCUUCCACCUGUUCUUGGCAUUGCUCAUGUCAUCCACCCUCUCAGACAAGCUUGUCUUCCCCACUGUGUCCCUUCCCUGCCAGGGGAGCUAUUUAUUGGAAGAGCAGAGCCUGUGUGCUCUCCAAAGGCCUGGAGUUGCCCUGCUAGUGCCCGGGCUUCACUCUUUGCCCCUACUGGUAUGUGUGUUUGUGUGUACUGGUGUUUGUCUCUUGCAGCCUAUGUGCAGGGGCCUUUCUAAAUGUGCUUGUGCUGACCAGGACCAUCUUCCCUUGCUCUGGACCUGGUGUCGGACAGGGCAUGUCUUGUGGCCACACAUUUGGUUUCUUUCCCUUUAGCAGUGCAUGGUCCUCCCCUUUGUUUUGUGUGGUGUUGGCACAACAAGCUGUUCAGACCUUUGUUCCACCUGCAGAAGCAGGCACCCCUCCACAUCACUUACUUCCCCCCAGCAUAUCAAUUUUUGCCGUGUGGCUUGCCAGUAAAUGGUAGCAAAGCAGACCCAGAAAGAGCAGUGAGCUGUGGCUCUGCUCUCUCCUGGCUGUGCCAGUGCAGCUCUGAUGAAUGAUGGGCAGCCUCAUGUGGGGACAGUGUUUGCAGAGGCUCUGGUGGGGGGCGGUGAAGGCUUCUUCAGCUGUGGAAAUUCCUGAUUCCUGAGUGUAUGAGUUGCAUGAGUGACAGUCACACAUAGCGACACGCAUUGCUGUGUCAUGGGGAUAGCUCAGUGGAAUUGGCUGUUAGGGCAUCAGCUUGCUGCAGCCAUGUCAAGAGGUGUAUUGCUGUUUUGCAUCCAGUGGCUGUCACCGCCAUAGUGUCUGGGCAUGCUGACAUGGACAUUAGGAUCCCUAACCCCACGUUGCCUCCCCAAGCAAGGAGAACGGUUCCCAUCUGUGCCAUCCCUGUGCUUGUUACUGUAACAGAGACCCAGUCAGCUGGUACAAGGCCCUGUUCGACCCAGAGUUUGGUGGCUACCUGCAGCACUGUAUACAGCCCAAAGGGCAGGAGUGGGGAGCCGUCAAUGAGGACAGGACCAGAGAGCUAGAUGCCAGAUCUUGGCACUGAUACUUCCCUGCUGAGCCACAAGAGGGAGCUAAUGGAGAAAGGAUGUGCCAUUUCUCUAUGGAGAAAGGAGGGGCCUUACCUGUUUUGGGCAACUCCCAGUGGUGCCCUUAAGCUGUGUUAGUUUGCACUCAGUCAUGGCUGUGAUCACAAAACCCAGCAGGGCUGAGCAGCUGGGUUUGAGCCCAGUAGCGGUGGGGCAGGGGUUCUUUUAGCAGUGUGUGUGUGUGAGGCUCAUGGGAAGGGUACUGAGGGGGAUUACUGAGGCCUGUGCUUGGCCUUUUACUGAAACACUAAGCAGAGACCUGCUGGCUUAGAGCCCAGGGCUCAGUUCUGGGGUUCAGAGCAUGGUUGGCUGAGCCUUGGGGCCAAGUCAUGAGAGGGGAAAAAUAGAACCUCGUAACCAAAGGCAACUUGGUACAUGGGAGAGAGGAGUCCACUAGGCUCAGCUGCAUAAUAAGCGACUGGAGGAACGGUUGUCGUGUCCCUACCCCCCCUCCCUUCCCCCUGGCCAGGAGAGAGAGAGGCCAGGGUACCUCAUGGCAAGCUGUUGUCAGGUUGUGUCCUGCAGCAACUGUCCCCUCCUUUCCCUGGGCACUGGCAGAGCUGUUGAGGUCUCCAGUACCUUGUGCUCUGUCUAUUUUUUAAUUGCAUAAUUUAUUGGAAAACUGUUUAUUUCAAAUAAACCUCCAAUGUGCAAUGAGUCAA